UGUAUGUGUGUACCCUGAGGGCCUGUGUUGUGUUGCCGAAUGAGGGCGUGACGGUCUCGUAAGCUGGCCAGCGAACGAAAAGGGGCGUUAGUCGUCACUUGUCUCUUGUCGUCACUUGUCUCUUGUAGUCACUUGUCUCUUGUCGUCACUUGUCCUGUCUCCUGUCGGAGGCGUACGUAUGCGUGUGUGUGUAACACACUGUAAGACUCUUACGUUCGUUUGAGUCGUCUAAGGAAGGGUUGCGGCGUUUGCCUGGCCACUUCCGCGUAGUGUUUAAUAUAUUUCAAGUGCUUGGCCGAAUCCGCUCGCCGGCCGAACACAUUGCAACAUUUGGUGUCAGGAGUAGGAUCGGGCCAUUGAAUAAUUCUCGUUUGUGUAUAAUUCUUUUUUUUUUGAGAAUUGCCCGAGGAACUUGUUAGUAAGUCGUAAUUUGUAAGUUAUUUUUCUCGAGACGAAUUAUUUUUUUUUUUUUGUGGUGACGUUUUGUACUUGUUCUUUUCUCGUCACGUCGCCAUUUUUUUCCCCCUUUUCUGCUCCCCUCUUUAUUUAUUCCCACGCGAAUUUUUUUUUUAAUUUUUUUUUCUCCUCCAUCCCCCUCCCCACCUACCUUUAUUUAAAAAAAACGCGCUGAAAACGCCCACUUCUUUCUUUCUUUGUUUUUUUUGGCCCCCCCCCCGUUGUUGCUAACGGCGAAGAGUUGGAAUAUUUUUUUUUCUUCUUCUCAGCAACGUGGUGGCUUAUGUAAUACUUUCUUUUACUUUUUUGUGGUCGUUUUUUUUGGGGGUUUUUCUGGUUAAUUAUUGGUACGUAGGUGUUUUUCGAGUUUUUUUUCAGUAUUCAGCGGUGUUAUAUGCGGCGUAGAGGAAAAACUACCGUCCCGUUUCAGAUAACAACGCGUUCUGCUGCGAAAAGCUUAGUCACGCCUGUAACAGGAGAAAUACAUAGCGGUCUGACUGAUCCAGAAGCUCGAAUAGCAACUCCUUCUCCACGUUUAUCGACAGCAGCCCAACUCUUGACAGCUAUGGACCAACAAACGCAGCAGACAGCAGCACUCGUCACGGCAUUGAACGCACUUCCAGCAGCAGCACCAGCGGCUGGUGCAGGAGGUCCAGCUGCAGCCGUAAUGCCUCGUAUUUCAGCAACCGCAGUCGAGUCGAUCCCACGUUUUGAAGGGGGAUCCCACACAGCACAUUUGGUUCCCCAGGACCUCCCAAGAUACUCUUAAUUUCCUCCUCAGUCUUACUUGUGAGCUUCCUAAAUUCCUCUAAAAACGAUCUUUUUGGUUACCUGGUGGCUUCCUGAUAACCUCCUCAGUACCUCUCUCACCUUCCCGAGGAUCUCCCCAUAACCUCCAAUAAUGAAACAAAUUAACCAUAUAUAUACCGGCUAGUAUUCCGUACCCAGCUCCGAUUUUCAGCAAUAAUUGUUAUGAUAAAAUGAAUACAUAUA